AUGCGUUCAUCAAUGGAGAAAACUCGAAACAUCAAAAGUAUUCUAUCAUUUCAAUCAAUUACAUCCCCAUCGAAAAUAAAGCCAUUGAAUGAUGAUAAUUUCAUUGAUACUAUUGCUCACUCAACAGAACUGCUGAAAAAUAUUAAUCUUGAUCCUGUCUCAACAACGAAAAAAAAACCUACUAAUUCAAAAUUUCGUUGCUCGAAACGUUCCUUCUUAUUUUAUCUGAUUCUACCUGUCGUUUUGAUACUACUUAUAACUGUCAGCAUCGUAGUACCUGUGGUAUCACUUUUAUCCAAAACAACGACUACUAUUCUAACAACAUCUAACACAUUAACAAGUUCAACCAGCACUAGUGCAACAACUUCGACCAGCACUAGCACAACAACUUCGACCAGUACUAGCACAACAACUUCGACCAGCACUAGCACAACAAGUUCAUCCAGUAGUAGUACUACAACGAGUUCAACUAGUACUAGUACAAAAACAACAACGAGCACUACAACAGCAUCUACUACUUCUACUACUACUACAACUACUGCGGCUACUGUUACAAUAACAUCAAAUAUAUGCACGGUGAAUUGGAGUGGUAUUAAAAUGAUAGCUAAUUGUGUCAACUGUAGUACUAUGCUGUUCUAUUAUAACUAUGUUACUACAUAUACAGCAAUUGGAACUUCGACUCGUAUUGCAUUUUCUUUUCGUCGAAACAACGGUUACUUUGCACUUGAUAAUCUUUCUGUACGAAGUUUUACAGCACCAAGUACGGAACUACUUGUUAAUGGUGGUUUUGAAAUGGGUGAUCUUACAGGAUGGUCUUAUUGUAGCCAAGAUAAUUCAUCAAUGACUGGUGGAGUUAAAGGAAAUUCAUCCAAUUUUACUUAUCUUAGUUUUACAUUUCGUUCUCAAUCAGGUUCUUAUUAUUAUGUAGGUGGAGGUACAACCUACGCUGAUUAUAUCAGUCAAACAUUUUCGUCUACGAUUGGUGCACUGUAUACUGUUAGUCUUUGGAUUCUAAUUUCAGGCACUGGACCAUUAAACGAUGCUGCUCUUUUUCUUGGAAUUUGA